AUGCUCCGAACCAAAAGUAGCCAAUCUUACAAUCCUAUGGAUCAAAAUUCCAACACCAAUCCCAACCCAGCACAAACAAGCCUUCAACAGCAACUGUACCAGCUUUCCCAAACUGUGGACACGGUAGUGCGAAGGUUGGAUGUCAUGGAUGUCCGACGGCACUGUGAGGAAUUGAGGGAACCAAGAGGAGAUCGGAGAGCUCCACGGAGGGAAGAAUGGGGUGAGGAAAGUGAUCGGGAAAAAGAAGACGAGGACUUACUGCUCACCGAAGAUAUUGAUGACACAGACGAUGAUGUUGUAAUGGAAGGAGUCAAUCUUGAAGAAGAGCGAUUAGAAGCUACUACACUCCCUAGCCGCGUCAUUCAGCAAGUUCGAGCAAGGUAA